AUGUCCCUUGUCUGUUACUGCAGAUUUACAUUCCCUAAGCUGUUGGAGCAGUGCAGCCAAGGUAUUGCGAGUACAGUGGUGUUCACCGGGCUGACAGCAGAGCAGAAGCACCCUCUCAUGAAGCAUGUUCAGCAGCUGGUACGCUCUGCCAACCCCACCGCUGCCUUCAUACUGGCAGAGAGAGGAGCUGUCACCAGGAAUGAAGAUGUGAAUCUGAUACUGUCUGAGAGCAGCUUCAAUGAGCCUCAGAUGCUAAGGGCCCGUUACGUCCUCUACCCUGGAUGGUGCAAAGGGCGCUUCUUCUCCGGGUCUGGUUCUCUGGUUCUCACCCAGCAGCGCGUGGCUUUCAACAGACCCCUCGAGAGGCCUCUAUUUGUCACCCGCUGUAAAGGACUCAAGUCAUCACUGAGGCUGACCCCCUUCCGAGGAAAUGUGUACAAUGUUUGGGGAAAAGUCAGAUUUUCUGACUCAGAGCAGCUGAUGGAGGUGAGCUACAACACAGUGAGCGGGAGCCUGAGCAUUGUCCCUCUGAUCCCGGGCCCCAAAGACACCGACACCCCCUGCUUCCUGGUCUUUGAUGGUGUGGGCCUCACUGCGGAUGGAUUGAAGGACUGGCUCAGACUGUGUGCCAAACAGAGGCAGACAAAUAAACCUAAGAAGACAAAAAGUACUCUCUCACCACAAGAAAUCAAGAGCAUACAUAUGACCAGGCACCUGGACCCCCUGCCGCCAGGCUUCUUCUACAACGGUUAUCAAUAUGUCGACAUCUUUGGAGAAAAAAUGAACUUCCAUCCCUACAUGGAAGAGUUUAUCCAGGAGUACAUCACCGAGGCCAACAAAGAGGUGGAGCAAUUCAACCGUCAGCUGGAGCUGCAGGGUCAGCCUGACCUGUUUGAUCCCUGAUUGAAUCUGUCUGUAUGUCCAUUGCCUCCAUCUGUCAUUUAACUCUGAGGGAAACAC